ACUAUAUGGGGUUAGCUUACCAGUCUGCUCUCGGCUGCCUAAGACACUGUCUUGAAUUUGUUUUUAUUUCUUGCUUUUUUUGGUAACCAUAAAGCGUAAAUAUUCCAAACAACAAGUAUGUGUCUAUAUCGUCACCGUUUGUCACCUUCCUCACCAUCAUUUUGAGUAUUUUUUACUUCAUAUGCAACUGGCUGUUGCGACGCUAGAUAUUAACUGCUCAUUUUUAAUUUUUGUAUUCCAUUCAUAUAAACAUAAAUAUGCUGCAAGUCGCGUUCAGAUAUCAACCAAUCGUUCGUAAGUCAACAGCAGAGCUAUGCGGAGUAAUUUUCGUAACGGCGAUUGGUGGAGGUGUCUUUCGGGCAUCCCCGGCACCCUUCUUAUAUUUCUACUAAUAUUGCAUCCAACGUGCAUUCACACGACUAGCGGAAAGGUCGAAGAAAGUAAACAUCAGUUUUUGAAAUUUACCAAGAAGAACUUUGAUAACACUACGACUACCAAGGCACUUAGUGAAGGUGGUACAAUGGUCCACUCCUUUCGGUUUCACGAUUUCGAACCUCGUUCUAUAAGCGAAUAUACUUGGACAGCAGCUUCUACAAGAACUAAAAUGUCUCCAAAAGUAGACUUAGAGGCUAAAGCAAUUAAUGGAGAAGAAAGUGAAAGUGUUCUCAGCGAAAACGAAAAACGAAAUGCUCGCGGUAUACAUUUUGAGGCUGAUGGCAGAGAUCUCUCCAUAAAUUUGGAGUUCAUCGUACCGUUCCUUCGCAUUCCUAUAGCCCGAAGUGUCGCAUUCACACAAACGGCCUUUCGAAAAUUGACUGAUCUCAACUCCGGUACCUUGCUACUGAGCAGCGGAUUUGCAAUUUUGGGUGCUCUUAUUGCGUCAGUAGUGAAAACAGCAAUUCUGCCCUCAUUCUAUGGAUAUGGCUACAAAAAAACAUCCCGAGCUACAGGUUUCUUAGAUGAUUUGAAUAUUGGUAGUAAUGCACCGAUAUUCAAAGAAGGACUAAACGUGUUCGAAAAUUUGGAGAAAAGCCUUCUCGCAAAUAAUAUAAAUAUAACGAGUUGCGCUCAACGAGUCAUAUGUAGUUACGUUCACCGGGCUACAACAGACGUACGGGCUGGGCUAGGUACACCAUCAGAUCGAAUUAUCGAUGGACUCGUCGGUUUGGAAUCUUUGAAAGUAUAUUUGAAUGGAACAGCUUUAAGAGAUGCUAUCGAGUCUGGCCUUAUGCAGGAUACAUCCCAAUGUGAGCAAACAUAUCGGAAUUGUGAAUGGCCAAAAAUACAGAACAAAGCUUGGAAAUUAGCUGUGGAUUUAAUGUCGCACUAUAUUGGAAGGCUGCUGUUCCCUGCUCAAAUUUCUUGCAGAAGUAGACAGACGUCUUCCCGAGGCAGACGGAAAAUCAGUAAAGUCAAAAAAUUCAAAAUGAAGUUCCUAGUGAGUAUACUUCUCAAUGCAUUCGUGAUGGUGCACUUGCCACUGGCUUUGUAUGCCACAGACGCCACUUCUGGUUCUUCAACCGUACAACGAAUUGGACGCAAUAGCUUUUUCUCAUUCCGUCCUCUGGGCAGCGAUGUGGCCUUAGGUUUGAAUUUUGAGAUGCCUUUUCUCAAAGUACCAAUGAAGCAGUAUAAAGACAAAAAUGGCAAUUCUCCAGCCAUGGUAAAUAUAAAUAUAGCAUCCUUGGUAACCGGUGGCCUAAUAGCUGGAGGCAGCAUCUUAGUGGCGCAUAUUAUAAGAUCUCUUAAUUUCUUCAGAGGACGUUCUGUUGGAAAUGAAAAAGUGAUACAGGAGGAGAACGGUCACGAAGCGGAAGCGAAAUCGCAACGUUUUGACGACUCGAAAAAUUUCUUCGAUCACUUUCGCUUGGUUUACAAAAACGAUACUGGCGACAGAAUAGAGACUACAUUGCCGAAUUUUUUCGCCCACAUUGAAGAAACAUUUCUCAACAAUAAAGUUGACAUCGCGAGUUGUACACAGAAAGCUGUAUGUCUAAUACUGCAGGAAUCAGAUCGAAAAGUACGUCAUGGGAUCGCUACUAGCUUUGAGAAAAUCAUAGACGCCUUGACCAGCUUUGAUUGGAUUUUGAAUGGUCUUUUACCUUAUGCAGAAUUAAGAAAAACCAUUGAGACCGGUAAAACAAAAACACGUACUAGCUGCACGGACGCAUAUCCAACUUGCAUAUGGUCUAAUCCGGAAACACAAUUACUUGAGCUACUGAAGUCCUACGUACGCUUUAAUUAAAGAUAAAAAAUUGUAUAAAUGCAAA